AUGAACAGUCCAGGACUUGCACGGGGCACCAUCUUUGAGCGUGAAUCCUCGAUUUGCUGCAGGUGGCAAUUCGUGAAAGACUACGCUAAUCUUUUUGAUACCAUCCUUGUCCUUGGUGGGCUGGUCGAUACGUACAUCAACCUUGCAUUUGUCGGGGAGACAUCGGCAUCCAAAAGCAUUGUCAUUCUCCGGCUUAUGCGAGCCAUGAAGUCUUUUCGGGCCAUCCGAAUGGUGCGCAGCUUGCGGUUUUUUCGCGGUCUCCGCGUGCUGGUCAAGGCAUGUCAAUGUUUCUUGCCUUCUCUUUGCUGGUCAAUGGUUCUGUUAUUGAUUUUCAUGGCCAUGGGCGCACUUAUGCUUGGAAAUCUCCUGCAGAGUUUCGUGGACGAUGAUGAUCAAGAUCUUGACGAUCGUCAGUGGAUCUGGAUGCAUUAUGGCACUGCAUACCGUGCCCUCUAUACGUUUUUUGAAAUUACAUUUGCUGGAAAUUGGCCCACGAAUACGCGGCCGGUGCUGGAGAAGGUUAACCACGGCUUCGCCAUAUUCUUCGUUUGCUACAUUACACUGGUCGUGUUUGCGAUUAUUCGCGUUAUCAGUGCUGUCUUCCUGAAGGAUACGCUGGACGCUGCUCAGAACGAUGCGGAAGCACUGGUGGUAGACAAGAUGCACAAGAAACAAGAGUUUGUGGUCAAGUUGGAGGGCAUCUUCAAGGCUAUCGAUGACACUGGUAGUGGCAUCAUUUCAGAGGAGCGACUCACCACGAUCCUGUCGAACCCGAAGGUGGCGGCCUACUUUCAGACGAUGGACAUUGAUGUCCAUGAGGGGAAAGCUCUCUUCCACGUGUUGAACAACGGUGAAGGUGGUGUUUCGCUGGACGAGUUCAUCGACGGAAUAUUGAAGUGCAAAGGCCCUGCGCGUGCCAUCGACCAAGUCGCCAUGCACGCGGAGAUAAAGGCGUUGGACUUCAAACUGACGAGGCUGGAUAGUGCCCGCGUCAUCUCUGCCUCGCGCUCCUUCGUGGACAGUGGCAACAUGAAGUCUGUCGCGGAGCACCUCAAGGUCUUCCGCAUGGACGAGGCGCAGACGCGUCGUCGACUAUCCUCGGCAAGCCUUACACGCUGA